ACUCUUCUUUACAAAAAAUACAUACAUACGUAGCUUGACAUACCAAACGAAUCCGCCUAUGAAAUACCUUUACUUCAAAAAAUUUAAAUAAAUCGAACUGGUUGAGCCGUAAAUAUUCCUUUUUCUCUAUAAUACAGCUACAUUUUGCGAUGAGCUUUCGGUUUAAGUUAGUAAUCUUUUAUUUCGGCUUGUUUGAUUGUUGUUGGAGCAUAGCGGCUUAUAAUUAUUUUUGCAGCAGUGAUAAUUGGUGCUCGAAAGGAAACCACUUAAUGUGUGAUACAUCUGCAAUUAAAGAGCAGGGUACGUUCAAGCGCCACAUGCCAUUGACUUUCAAAGUGCGGCGUCUCUUUUUGGAGCACCACAAUAAGAUACGUGACAAAACGGCUGGCAGUAGCAAGGCGACGCGGAUGCGGAAUCUUAUCUGGGACAAUGAGCUGGCGUACUUGGCUCGUACACAUACAGGCUUAUGCUCCAACAAUCCUAGCGAAUGCCACAGAACUGCGCGUUUUGAAAAAGUGGGUCUGAACACUGCAUUACAAAACGGCUCAGACUACAUACAAAUCGAUCAUCUUAUAUCCAAUUCCUUCAAGGAAUGGGAGCCUGAUAGUUCCACUGCGCACAAAGUGCUCACGCACGACCAGGCGUCUCGUGUAGGCUGUGCCAUCGGCCACUGUGUCGACUGCGCGGAUAAAAAGGACCAUUGCUAUUUCAUAUCUUGCUUUUAUGACAUGGACCAUAAGGAAGGCGAGACCACUCAAGAAACGGGCGAUAAAGCGGCCUCCAAAUGCAACGUAUGGGAUUCGGUUGCGGACGAAAAGUAUGCAAAUCUUUGCCAUAACACAGGCAAAAACUUUCAAAAGAACUAACGAAUCUUUAAAGCAAAACACACGAAAUUAAGUCAUUCCGUUUUUUAUACAUCUGCAGUUUUAUUGGACGCCAUUAUCCAAAAUGAACUUAUCUUAACCAUUUUUUACUUAAACCAUGCAUUUGAUUACGUUUAUUGCUUAAUAUCUUACUUAUAGUCAUUAGUGUUUUCUUACAACAACAAUUGAUGUUCAUUGUAUUCAUAAACGUAUAAGCCAGCAAAUACAUCGCCGUAAUAAAUUUUAAUUAAUUGCCACAUUAUCUAACUUCAAGAAUUCUUGGUGUUAUUCUUCCAUACGUUCUAAAAAUAUAAUAAAUGUUCUCUCCUUUAAACAUCUGGCUGAUUAGUGACAAACAUUUCAAAUGGUGAGCUCAAUUACAUGGGGUACUCGGUAUCGAAUUA